AUCGGCUUCAGGUAUCCGCGCGUCUGCACCUCGCCGUUUUCGUCUCCCGGAACUCCUCUUUGCUUUCCUUUCUCGCCUAGCCGUUGCCCCUGAGCGCUGUCGCAGCUGUGCAGCUGCGCUGCUGCGCUGUUGUGUCAAGUCGAAAACUCCUGUUCCUCUUUCUCAGCGAAGGGUUUCCGUGGCAUUCUGCGAGCCCAGUGCUUCUGUAUUGCUUGUCUUUGCCAGGAAGAAAAAGGGAGACGACUUGCGUUCCGCCUGCCUUUCUCUGCUGCCCAGGCUCGGUUCCUCUUCCCGAAAGAAGCAACCGUGGGUCUGUCUCGUCUUCUCCUGUCCGCGCCUCCCUUUUCUGCAAUCUUUCCUUUGUUUCUCCUCACCGCCUCUCUCUGCUCCUCUUUCCUUGCUCUUCCCCAUAUGGUUCGCUCUACUCUCCGUUUUCUUCCCUCCGUGUCGCCUCCUCUCGCCUGCGUCCCCUUUGCUCUGCCCGGCGCUUCUCUCCGACUUGUUCGUCUUCCUCUCGCUUCUGCCAUGGUUGUCUCUUCUGUUCUCUUCUUCGGUACCCCCGACGCGAGCGGACCUGCAGCCGGGUCGAGACCGACGCAGAAGAAAGAGAGACAGAAGAGAAAAACGGAGAACCGCCCGUGAAGCGGCACCUCCGAAGGCUGCGGGGGAAGAGAGGUAGAGACUUGAUAAACGCGAGAGCCUCGCGAGUAGAAAGAAUAGAUAAGAGUGGUACAAAGAAGACAGCGAGAAGCGACAGCAGAGGAUAAAGUGAGCAGGUGGAAGAGCAGCAGAAAGGUCGACACAGUGGGAAGGAAGAACGAUGCAUUCCGUCUCCCUCUGUCGAGACACUGCGUGCAUGUUCCGACCUGGACCAUGACGAAGCAGGCGCUCUUUUCGGGCGUUCUUCAUCGGCCUCUCUUUUCUACAUUUCGCGUCUUCUUCGUCCCUUGGGUCCUCUGGGAAGGAGAGCCCGCGCGUCUCAGCUGUUCUCCCUGCGAGCGUCUUUGACGGACCACAGAUCCCCCCGGCUGUCUUCGAGCUUUCUCAACUUCUUCGUCUUCCCGACCUCCCUGCCCUCGCCAUCAUUCUCAGGGACUUUGCUGCAACUUCUCCUCUGCCUCAAAGGCUCCUCCCGGCUUCCUCUUCUCUGGGGCGCAGCUUUUUGUGUUUCUCUCCCCUAUCUUCUCUCUCUUCUGUUCUCUCCGCCGCUCUUCCCCCGUUCCGCGCGUUGUUGCAGUCGCCUCUUCGUCUUUCCCCUCUCAAGCUCUGGCGCAAGUCUCUCUUCUCUUCGUCUCUUCUGUUGCGCGAAGAUGAUUCGGUUUGUGUUGCUGCUGAAUCGGCAGGGGAAGACGCGCCUGUCGCGCUGGUACGAGGGUGGCUUGUCUGACCAAGAGAAAUGGAAGGUGGAGAGUGGAGUCCAGGCGGCGGUGCUCCAGAGACAGCGUCGGUGGGCGAACAUCCUCGACUUCCGCUCCUACCAUCUGGUGUACAGACAGUACGCGGGGCUCGUCUUCGUGGUGUGUAUCGACAGCAGGGAGAACGACUUGGCAGUCUACGAAGGCAUCCAGUUGUUCGUGGAGAUGCUCGACAAAUACUUCGGCACAGUCUGUGAACUCGACAUCAUCUUCCACGUCGACAAAGUCUACUUCCUCCUCGACCAGUUCAUCCAGGCCGGAGAAAUCGUACAAACGAGCCCCAAAUUGAUCGUCUCCCGCGCGAAACGCCUAGACGGACUCGACUGACCCGCUCGAAUCUGGGUGUACGUACACCGGGAUACCCGACCCAAGAGAGGACGGGAUGAGGCGGGGGAGAGACAGGGAUCCUACUGGAACGAUGGUUCGCUGAACGUGCAGCGCCUUUGUCGGAUCACGCUCGUGAGUUGAGUUGUCUCGGCAGGUGGACCGUGCACUGUUCGGUGAAAGACUUGCAAAGGAGAAAACUUUCACUCUACGCUUCACCAUGUUUUGCCUUCAGUCUCUUCCUGCCUUGCUUGUUUUUUCUCGUGGCGUUGUGGGGCUUGUCGUCUGACGCCUCUCCCUGUUUCCUGCAACAUGUCUCCUCCGUUUUCCUCUUCUUUUUUUCUGCUGCCUCGCCUCUCUCUUGCAUCCCUCACUCGUAUUCUUCUCGCCUCUCUCCUACGGCGCGAAUGCCCCUGCUCUCGACUUUCUCCCAGUUCCUGCCCAGUGUCUGUGCAGGCAGCAGGCAGUCUCGGCUUCGCUGCCUCUUUCCUUCGAAGCUCUCCGUUUCCUCCCUGACCUCUCUCUCUGACUUCCUCUCGCUGCCUUCUCCUCUUUCUGCCUCUCGGUCUUUCAUCUCGUCUACAUAUAUAUAUGUAUGGAUGUAUAUGUUUUACGCUUUCAUGUAGAGAAGUAUUCGUUGGGAGGGGGGGGAGAUGCAGAGCGGUUUGGUUCUUCUCUGUGGUGUAAAAGGUCUUCACAUGGGUGGCGAAUGUACCUCGCUGGAGUUGUCAUUUCUUCUAUACCUACGGACGGUGUGUGUACAUACAGCUGAGCAUUUUGGUGAAGAUGUCCAGACUCAAAAGUUGUUCGCUCCAAAACGGUUUCGAUACUCAGCGAGAAAACGCUUUUUUUCAAGAACGAGCUGCAUGCAUAUAUACGCGUAUAUCUACACAGACAUGUAUAUAAAUGCAUGCAUGCAUAUGAACACGCGUGUGUGUCCUUGAAGAGUCUAUGGUUGUUGGAGUCAUCUGUUUUGGGCCGAGGGCCGCUUUCUGUGGUCAGGGCCCCUCGCAGGGUUUUUCGUUCGGGAAAUUUUAAGUCUGCAUGCAAAAACGCAAACGUCG